UCGACCAGCAUACUAAUUGAUAUUCUCAGUCUUAUAAUAGCAAACUCGUGUCUACCCUAACUCGUGAAAAAAAGUUCCAACUCUCUCGUUUGGCUUUUAAACUCGCCGACGUCUUUUUCAUUGUCAGAACAAAGUCCUAGAGAACCAGGCCAUGGUUUUCCGUUCGUCACGACGUUGUAUUUACUUUCCAUUCGAUAGAGCCGCUCUUCUGACGACAUAAACGACGGUGACACGUUCAAGGAGCUGAUAUACGAAACAAGGGAUGAACUGAUAAAAGAAGAAGCGUGAGACCCUGAAGAAAUGGCGCUGACCGUAUCCUCGCCCCGCGUUUUCAACGGAAACGUGGGAAAGCAGGCUUACAAUACUAGCUCCCCAAAUUCAGGAUCAAAAUGUCUGUGUUGUCCUUAUGGAUACCAUAUUGACUUGGAUUUUGUGGAAUAUUGUGAAGCCGUUGCUGCCGGAAAUACCGACAAAAACAGUAUCGAGAGAAGGAAAAAACGAGAAAAACGACGACAAUGUCAGUCAAUGGAAAUAUUGCUAGGAUUGGUGAGUCCAACAAUCAGCGGAAGCGAGCACGAGAUAUCGGGAAAAUCACAAGAACCCGCAGCAGUCACGAACGGAGUAACGACCUUACCGAGGUCAGGUCAUGUUACCAUCAGAUCUGGAGGUAACAAUCAGCCGUCAGCGGCCCUGGACUUGAGUGACGUCGUCGGUGAUUUCGAAGCCACUCUCCAACGUUUAUCUAAACCAUCAAAGAAUCAUCAUGAACGAAAGAAUCAGACUGAAACAAAUGGAACGACAAUCGCUUGCCCCAUUCACCCAAUUCACGUGGAUCAAACUACGGAUUUCGACGCUGCAAGUAUCGGCAGUGGUAACUCGAAUCUCAGUACAGGAGCACUUCAAAAUAUCCGAGAGCAGAUGGCGAUCUCUUUGGAACGGAUGAAGGAACUUGAAGAGCAAGUCAAAAUUAUUCCCGUGCUACAGGUGCAAGUGUCAGUGCUCAAAGAGGAAAAAAGAAGUUUACAAAAACAAGUGGAAGAUUUCAAUAAUAGCAAACCAACACUUGAUGUAGUUAGUGACAGGUUGAGAAGUCAAUCGUUCUCCGAUAGACAUGGUCCAAGAAGUAAAAGCGUUCCCACAAGAGAUAUGGGUGUCAUGUGUGGAGUAAUGACAAGGGAUGUUGGAGUUUCACAUCAGCAGGUUCGAACAAGAGAUACGGGAAUGGUUACAAGCACACCGAUUCAACCAGCAGGUUGUUUAACAAAUUUUGCAGCAUUGCGAAUAGACGAAGCUGAUUUCGAAGCUAAGAAGACCUUCGAAACCCCUACAUCAAACAGAAAUGUAAAAAAAUACAAUGAAAUGUCACGGGUGGAUAAUUCAACUUAUGACAAGAAUACUGUAAGUCUAUCGAACCUUUCACAAAGCAGCCAAACGACAGAUUUAUCACCCAUCUUCUCAAGAAAACAUUCUUUGGAAAGAGGACCUUUAAAAAUUGACAAUUAUUUCCCAGAUAUUAAACAACUGAAAGAUACUUCAACCAAUACUGACAAACUAGAGCCCAAGAGACUCACAAAAAGCGAUCUUCUUAUCGAAGAGAUAGCACCUGCUAUCAUUCAGACUUCUAAACCAUCGGAAAUUCAGAAAAGGACUCGAACCUUUGGUACAGAAACUCGGUUGAAAAUGAGAGAUGUUCGUACUCCAGAUGACAUUGUUAUAAUCAUUGAAGAUGCGGUAAAAAUGUACAAAGAAUCGAUAAAAAAGGAAACUGUCUCCAGAGGAACUCAAUGCAUUCCGGAAGUGUCUCGAGUUCCAUUGAAAGUGGACAAAGAAGUGCAAAUCUCUGAACCAUUCAAAAUGAGAUCCAAUGUCGGAGUUAUGGUGAAGCCAAGAACCUCCGAAGCUGCAACAGAUGCAGGUCCAGGGCCUGGAAGAAAAUCUAUUGCUACAGGGCCUGAUCCAGUUGCCCUUCAGCCAAUUUCUUUGAAUUCAAUGAAUUCUCGAAGUCAUUCCUUCAAUUAUGGAGACACGAAACCUAAACGAAAAACUACAAAAUCUGUUGGAGUAAUUGUUGAAGGUCUCGUAAAGACUUCAUUUAAAAGCACAGACACUGUAGGUCUUGCUCCAAAACGACGAGAGUUUGGAACAUCUCCGAUGAAGAAAAAGUUUGUUGACGUCUCUGUUGGAGAUUCCUUAAAACCACAUAUCUCAAUAUCUUGUGCUGCUAAUUAUUGCGAUAAUUGUAAAGAAACGAUAAAAAAUUUAGCAAAACAGAUUUUAAAUAAUAAUGAAAAUAAUUAUAGGAAUGAAAAUAAUAAUAAUAAUAACAAUAAAGAUAAUGGAGUUUCAAGGAUACCACGACCAUCACAUAUUACAUUAAAUAAUGAUUUCCGAAAGCAAUUCAAGAGACAAGAUACUUAUACGAAAAUUCCCUCAGGAUUAAUUAGAUAUGAUGUCGAUAAUAAAGAGACUUACGACAUAAAUAACAAACUUCAACAACUGGCAACAGAAGAACACAAAGAUGAGAAAAAAGAAUCAAAGGAAAUUAGUUCACCUGAGAAAGAAAUAAUUACUGAUGAAAAGGGUAGUAGUCUACCAGAGUCUGCCCUAUUCGAACCAAUUCGAGAUAAAUCACGGGUAAAGAAAGAACCAUCUAGAGAGAUGAGAGCAGCUAUGAAAGUUUUAAAUGAUAACUUGAAAAAAUCUCCAAGUAAAAACAUAUCUCAUCAAAUAAAAAAUGCUACAAAUGUAAUCCAACAAGAGUGGUUCAAGAUUUCCAGCACAGCUUCAGCAAAUCCUCUAGAUGUUGAAGAUUACUUGGAUUGUUUUGAAGAGUAUUCAAGCUUUUUGUUGGAGUACAUCGUUAACAUGACUGAUUCAAGUGGAAAUACUGCAAUGCAUUAUGCAGUAUCUCAUGGCAACUUUGAUGUUGUUUCGAUACUUUUAGACUCAAAAGUCUGUGACAUUAAUACAGCUAAUGUCGCUGGAUAUACUGCUGUGAUGUUGGCAGCUUUGGCCGAAGUUAGAAAUUCUACUCACGCCUCAGUAGCUAAUAGACUAUUCCAAUUAGCUGAUGUUAACAUUAGAGCCAAACUUCAUGGUCAAACUGCUUUAAUGCUGGCUGUAUCUCACGGAAGGAAAGAUAUGACGAGAUUACUCCUAGAUGCAGGAGCAGCAGUUAACAUUCAAGAUGAAGAUGGUAGUACAGCUUUAAUGUGUGCUGCUGAACACGGUCAUAUUGAUAUCGUGCGAUUACUACUUGCUCAUCCAGACUGUGACUCAUCGAUUGUCGAUGUUGAUGGCAGUUCAGCUUUAAAAAUUGCCCUAGAAGCCGGACAUAGGGAUAUAGGAGUACUUUUAUAUGCUCAUGAACGAGUGAAUCGUGGAACAAGUCCACACUCAUCUAUGAGGAGGAGUCGAAGAGGUUCGAAACCUACAACACCAACUGGACCUUCUCCAUCGGCACCAGCCAGUCCUGCACCUUCGCGGAGAUUUCAUUCGUCAAAUGCUUCUUUAACAAAAUACUCGGGGAAGUAAUUAGAACUAUUAGUUCUAUCGUAUAAAAAUUAUUUUGCAGUUAGAAGAUGGGAAAUUAAUACAAGCCAGUUUUUUCAUACCAGGGGAAGAAAUUAUUAUUGAUAGUGAAUAUAAUUUUUUUAAAGGAAAUAUUUUAUUGAAAAUUUAUUAAAUUAUUCAUUUUUCAAAAGGACGUUAUUUUAUAAUUAUAGAAUAGUUUUUUCUCUUGGUAUACAAAUGAGAUGUCAGUAAAAAAGUGUUAGAUAAUUUAAUAACUAUUUUUCUAUACCCGUUUUAUCGAGAAUUUAUAAACAGCAUUUUUUAAUUAAUUAAUUGUUUGAUUAAUUAAUUAAUAGAAAACUAGUCGACUUUUAUCAAAACUGAUGUUGAGUAAUGUCAAAAAUUAGAUUCAGAUUAGUUUUCUCAGGUGCUACUUGAUGCUACUCUCUUUGGUGCUCUGUAAAUUCUGAAAACAUUCCCUUCCUCUUUCACUCAACGACUCAAAUUAUUUAUCAAUUCUUAAAUCAACCUACUUAUCAGUAAAAAUAUCAAAUAAAAUUUUUGAAUUAUUUUAAUGAAAAAUCAUAGCAUUUGUGGAAAUGUUUGAUCCCGAUGUCUUCCAGAAAAAAAAAUAAUAGAACAAAAAUAGAAGACACACGAAGGUAGCACUGAACAUUCCAAUUAUUAGAAAAU